AUGGAAUGGGAGCCCAAAAAAAAUGUUCCUUGGUCCCUUACACCUGAAGAAGUUAUAGAAGCCUCGGAGGAAGAAAAUGACCCCAAGUAUGAGGGUGAUGAAGGAUUAUCCGAUAAUGAUGAUGAGUCCCAAAUAGAAGUUGUAAUAAACAGUGGAUCGACAAGUCUAACCACCCCGGAGGAAGAAACCUUGACCGAAGAGUGA